GUUUAGGCUUGGGCUGGAGUUAUUGGGAAGAAUGAGGAAUGGAGUUUGAAUCAAUAGAAGAUUGUGAGAUUGGAGGUUUUUCUACUUAAGGAAGAGUUGUUUGUGGGAAGGAGAUUUUGACCAUAGUGAGUGAUAGGGAGAUGAAGCAAGAUGACCAUACCACAAAUGGAUAGGUGUACAGAAAGUGACAGUGGAGAGAUGGGAGAGUAAAUCUAUGUUCAGGAAUCUUUCAUCUUUGAUUUAUGUCUUAGAGAUUGCUCAAACGGGAAACUAAUUGGAGAAAAAUAACACAGAGAGAAUAAAUGAGGGAGAUGGUGCAUGCUUCUUGAAGGAUGCUCAUUUUGGAUCUCAGUUGUUAAAAGUAGAUCAAAUGUGGGAUGAAUGGGACAAAUCUGGGAGGAUGGUGCUGUCAAUUUGACUAUAUGUGGUGGCAACAAUUUUGAAAAUUAUAAAGGCCUUGGUAUUGAGUGUGGUUAACUGUGUGGAGUUACUAAUGCACCACGUUGGUACUUUUGUCACACCGCACAAUGUUAGUAUGAUUUUUCCAUCAUAUCUAACUUUAUGCUGGUGGUAGUAGAUUUCAUUUUGAUUUUUCGCAAUAUUCAUAGGAGUAAAUUGUAUUCCUUGCAUAAUUUAGUAUUUCUAGUGAAAUAAUUCUUUUUCUCAAGGUUAUAAUGGGGUUGAUUUUAUACUUUAUAGUACUCAAAAUUGGCAUUGGAAGUCCGUGGUGGAGGUGGAAAAGUACUAGUGGCAGAUUACAAGAUUGCCAAGCAUGUCAGGGGUGAGGAUGUUGAUUCUUCCCCAAGUUUAGGGACAAACCGUGCUUGCUACUUCUUCUGCAUGUGUCCUGGCAGACAGGAGGGAAUUUUAUAGUCUCUCAUCACCUCAGUUAUUUUGCACUUGUAAAGAUAUCAAAUGGCUGACUCAGAGCAUGAAACUUCCCAUCUUGCACAUGUGAUGCGUGAUAUGGAAAAAGAUUUUGAGUUUGUAAUAGAGAUGGUUUUCUCAAAUGAACUUGAAGCAUAUCAUAUGUAUGUGGCUUAUGCAAUUGGCAAAGGAUUUGGAGUGAGAAAGGGUAAUACUGUUAAAAAUAGAAAAGGGGAAAUAACUCGGCGUACUUUUUUGUGUAAUUGUGAGGGGCAUUCGAUUGGGUCAUCUGAUCAAGAAAAGAAAUAUGAGAGAUUUGAAGUUAGAUGUGGGUGUUUUGCUCAUAUCAAAUUUAAGGUUGAUCAUGGUGUAUAUGAAGUCAUGGACUAUGUUUCUGAGCAUAAUCAUGCAUUUGUACCGGAAGAUCAAAAGCAUUUGAUUAGAUGCGGAAGAAUGAUAUCUGACACGUGCAAGGGUGUUUUGGUUGACAUGAUUAAAGCGGGCAUUGGGGGGACUUCAGCAUAUAAGUUUUUAGCAAACGAAGCUAGAGGAAGCAAAAACUUAGGUUCAUCCUACGUGAUUGUCAAAAUUUUUUGCAAACAGAAAGAUCCAAGGUUAUUAGUGGCGGAGAUUGUCAAAGUCUUUUGAACCAUUUUCAUUGCAUGCAAAUGCAUAACCCAAUGUUUUUCUAUGCUGUUCAAGUAGAUCAGGAUGGUAGAUUGACCAAUUUAUUUUGGAGAGAUAGUUUGUUCAAAUUUGAUUACGACUGUUUUGGUGAUGUAGUAGUGUUUGAUACCACAUAUCCUACCAACAAAUAUAACAUGAUAUGUGCACCUUUUGUUGGGGUUAAUCACCAUUGGAAGAAUACUCUGUUUGGUCGUGCAUUUUUGUUGGACGAGACU